AUGGAGCGGACGUUAACCCGGAUGUUGAGCAUGAAAGCGCAGGUGGAUGUGGUCUGCUGUAAAUCAGUAGGAACUGAUCUGUCCAUGCUGGAUAUUGAGGAUUUCAUCACAGAAAUCUGUCAGCUGAAGAAAGAGGUGGCUUCACUGGAGGCAAAGCUGAGAGAAAGAGGAGACAAACUGAACAGAGAGGAUGUGGAGCAGGUUUGGGUGCGUGAGACUGAUGGGACAGAAGCUCAGGAUUCAGUCUGGAGCGUCAGAGAUCAGAGAUCCAGAGACACACAGGACUCAGAGCUCAGCCUCACUUUACUCUGUUAUACUGACGCUCAGGAUCAUGAAUCCACUGAUCAAACCUCUGACUGUAACGCUGGAGAACAGCAGAUGCUGCAGACGCCGCUGAAGAUGUGCUCCGUCAAACUGGUGGACUGCAGGAACCUGAUCGAGAAAUUUAUAACCAUUUUGUUUAUUUCAGAUGAUAAAGGCUGUUCAUCUUCUGAUGGAGAGACAGACUUAACAUCAAAAGAGCAACUGACGGUCAAGAGUUUCUCCUGCAGCACCUGUGGAAAAACACUGAGUUCAGAGGGUCAUUUAAAGAGACACGAGAGAAAACACACAGAACAGAAAAACUUCAGCUGUAAGAUAUGCAACAUCAGCUUUCCUACCGCAGAAGAGAGGAGACUUCAUUCAAAAGAGCACAGCGGGAAGAAGGAGUUUCACUGUGAACAGUGCGGGGAGAUUUUUUUCAUUCAUUCUAGUUUAAAAGUUCACUUAAAGACUCACGGUGAAAAGUCUUUCCACUGCAGUGAAUGUGACAAGUAUUUCAGCACCAAAGGAAAUCUUGAUGCUCAUAAGCGAAUCCACACGGGAGAAAGACCAUACAAGUGUCCUCACUGCAAGAAGAGCUUCAGUCAUGGAUCUCAUCUGAAGAGACACGUGCGUUUGCACAACAAUGAGAGACCGUAUCAGUGCAGUGAAUGUGGGAAAGCCUUCACAAACUCAUUCUGUCUAAAGUCACACCAGAAAAUCCAUUCAGAUGAGAAACCGUUUCAGUGCAAACACUGCGACAAACGAUUCCGUCAAAGAUCUCAUCUGAAUUGUCACGAGAGGAUUCACACCGGAGAGAAACCAUAUCUGUGCGCCCACUGCGGGAAGAGCUUUUCUGAUCCAACUCAUUUCAGGGAACAUAAGCGAGUCCACACUGGAGAAAAACCAUAUCAAUGCAGCAUUUGUGAAAAGAGUUUCAGUAAACAUGGUACAUUUCAAAACCACAUGAGGACUCAUACUGGAGAAAGACCGUUUAAAUGCUCACAGUGUGAAAAGACGUUUGCUCGAUCAGACGUCCUUAAGGUCCAUCAGCGAGUUCAUACAGGAGAGAAACCUUACUCCUGCUCCAUCUGCAGUGAGAGAUUCGCUUAUUUAGGUAGUUUCCAGACCCACCAGAACAAACACGCUAAAGCACAAACUGAAUCAUCAGACAAUGAGCCUAAACAGAUGUUGAGCAUGAAAGCGCAGGUGGAUGUGGUCUGCUGUAAAUCAGUAGGAACUGAUCUGUCCAUGCUGGAUAUUGAGGAUUUCAUCACAGAAAUCUGUCAGCUGAAGAAAGAGGUGGCUUCACUGGAGGCAAAGCUGAGAGAAAGAGGAGACAAACUGAACAGAGAGCAUGUGGAGCAGGUUUGGGUGCGUGAGACUGAUGGGACAGAAGCUCAGGAUUCAGUCUGGAGCGUCAGAGAUCAGAGAUCCAGAGACACACAGGACUCAGAGCUCAGCCUCACUUUACUCUGUUAUACUGACGCUCAGGAUCAUGAAUCCACUGAUCAAACCUCUGACUGUAACGCUGGAGAACAGCAGAUGCUGCAGACGCCGCUGAAGAUGUGCUCCGUCAAACUGUCAGAUGAUAAAGGCUGUUCAUCUUCUGAUGCAGAAACAGACUUAACAUUAAAAGAGCAGCUGACGGUCAAGAGUUUCUCCUGCAGCACCUGUGGAAAAACACUGAGUUCAGAGGGUCAUUUAGCAAGACAUGAGAGAAAACACACAGAACAGAAAGACUUCAGCUGUAGGAGAUGCAAAAUCAGCUUUCCUACCGCAGAAGAGAGGAGACUUCAUUGGAAAGAGCACAGCGGGAAGAAGGAGUAUCACUGUGAACAGUGCGGGAAGGUUUUUUUCAUUCAUUCUAGACUAAAAGUUCACUUGAACAGUCACGGUGAAAAGUCUUUCCACUGCAGUGAAUGUGACAAGUAUUUCAGCACCAAAGCAAAUCUUGAUUCUCAUAAGCGAAUCCACACGGGAGAAAGACCAUACAAGUGUCCGCACUGCGAGAAGAGCUUCAACCAGGGAUCUCAUCUGAAGAGACACGUGCGUGUUCACACCAAUGAGAGACCGUAUCAGUGCAGUGAAUGUGGCAAAACGUUUAAAAGCUCAUGCUCUCUAAAGUCACACCAGACAAUCCACUCCGAUGAGAAACCGUUUCAGUGCAAGCAAUGUGACAAACGAUUCCGUUUGAUUUAUCAUCUGAAAAAUCAUGAGAGGACUCACACCGGAGAGAAACCAUAUCUGUGCUCCUACUGCGGGAAGAGCUAUUCUGAUCUACGUUCUUUUUUUUCUCAUAAGAGAAUCCACACUGGAGAAAAACCAUAUCACUGCAGCAUCUGUGGGAGGAGUUUCAGAAAAAAUAGUAUUUUACAAAAGCACAAGAGGACUCAUUCUGGAGAAAGACCGUUCAAAUGCUUUCAGUGUGAAAAGACGUUUUCUCGAGCAGACAUCCUUAAGGUCCAUCAGCGAGUUCAUACAGGAGAGAAACCUUACUCCUGCUCCAUCUGCAGCGAGAGAUUCGCUUAUUUAGGUAGUUUCCAGACCCACCAGAACAAACACACUAAAGAACAAACUGCUCCAGAAUCAUCAGAAUGACUUUCAUCUGUCAAUCUGGGAAAGAAAUCUUGUUUGGCUCGUCCUGAAAGUGUUCAUUGAGUUCUUACUGCCAGUAGGGGGCAGUGAACUUUUUUAAUUCUGUAGAUCAGGGUUAUUCAAAUCUUGCCCUGGAGGGCGAAUGCGGUGGAGAGUUUGUCUCCAACCCUGAUCAAAGUCAUCUGCCUGUGAUUUUCUAAUGAUCCUAAAAAAUAUUGAUUCGCAUGCUCAGGUGUGUUUGACUAGAGUUGGUGCCAAACUCUGCACCGCAUUGGCCCUCCAGGGCAAGAUUUGAAUAGCCCUGCUGUAGAUUGAUCCAAGUACUGUAUAUAAUGUCAUGUUUGACAGAAUAGAGCUAUGAUUUUGUUAAACCUGACAGAACUAUUAAAAAUCCUCAAAAUAAAAUACUACAAUAAUA